ACGUGGGCCAUAAUAAAAAUAAAUAAAAACCAAAUUUAAAAAUAAAGUGAAGAGUGACGAGAAGAUUUUAGUACUACUGAAUCAAAGUUAGCCGCCGCCGCCGUCACGUUAAACCUUCGUCUCUAUCUCUCUCUCUCUCUCUCUCGACCUCUCCUGCAAUGGCGUCUUCGCUUCUGAGAAACCCUAAUCUCUACUCAUCAACAACAAUCACCACCGCUCCUUUUCUUCCCACCGUCUCCUCUAACCCCACACCUGUCUCCUCCUUCCGUUUCCAACCAUCCCACCACCGUUCAAUCUCCCUCCGAAGUCAAACCCUCCGUCUCUCAUGCUCAAUCUCAGAUCCUUCUCCACUACCACCUCACACUCCUCGCCGCCGCCGUCCUGAAUACAUCCCUAACCGCAUUUCCGAUCCAAACUACGUCCGUGUCUUCGAUACAACUCUCCGUGACGGUGAACAGUCUCCAGGAGCUACACUCACUUCCAAGGAAAAGCUCGACAUCGCUCGUCAGCUAGCUAAACUCGGUGUUGACAUUAUCGAAGCUGGGUUUCCAGCUGCUUCUAAGGAUGAUUUUGAAGCGGUUAAGACUAUAGCUGAAACAAUUGGAAACACUGUUGAUGAGAAUGGUUAUGUUCCUGUUAUCUGUGGACUCUCUAGAUGCAAUAAGAAGGAUAUUGAGAGGGCUUGGGAUGCUGUCAAAUACGCUAAACGGCCUAGGAUUCAUACUUUUAUCGCUACGAGUGAUAUUCAUUUGGAGCAUAAACUGAAGAAAACCAAAGCAGAGGUCAUCGAAAUCGCUAGGAAUAUGGUUAGAUUCGCGAGAAGCUUAGGCUGCGAAGAUGUCGAGUUCAGUCCAGAAGAUGCAGGAAGAUCGGAGAGGGAGUACUUAUACGAGAUUCUUGGUGAAGUGAUUAAAGCAGGAGCAACAACACUGAAUAUACCUGAUACUGUUGGUAUAACUUUGCCUAAUGAGUUUGGUCAAUUGAUUACUGAUUUAAAGGCCAAUACUCCAGGGAUUGAAAAUGUUGUCAUCUCAACACAUUGUCAGAAUGAUCUUGGACUCUCUACGGCCAACACUUUAUCUGGGGCACAUGCAGGUGCCAGGCAGGUGGAAGUGACGAUCAAUGGAAUCGGGGAAAGAGCUGGAAAUGCUUCACUGGAAGAGGUUGUGAUGGCCAUAAAAUGCCGUGGAGAUCAUGUAUUAGGAGGUCUAUUUACCGGAAUUGAUACUCGGCACAUUGUUAUGACAAGCAAGAUGGUGGAAGAGUACACAGGAAUGCAGACACAGCCACAUAAGGCUAUUGUAGGAGCGAAUGCCUUUGCGCAUGAAAGUGGUAUCCAUCAGGAUGGAAUGCUAAAACACAAGGGUACAUAUGAAAUUAUAUGUCCCGAAGAAAUUGGACUUGAACGAUCAAAUGAUGCUGGCAUUGUCUUGGGGAAGCUUAGUGGGCGUCAUGCGCUGAAAGACCGUUUGACUGAGCUUGGUUAUCAAUUAGAUGAUGAACAGCUAAGUACCAUUUUCUGGCGUUUCAAAACUGUGGCUGAGCAGAAAAAGAGAGUUACCGAUGCGGACAUAAUAGCUUUAGUAUCUGAUGAAGUUUUCCAGCCAGAAGCCGUGUGGAAACUCCUGGACAUUCAGAUAACUUGUGGAACUCUCGGGCUUUCAACAGCAACUGUAAAACUUGCUGACACUGAUGGCAGAGAACAUGUCGCUUGUUCCAUUGGAACUGGGCCUGUCGAUUCAGCUUACAAGGCAGUCGAUCUUAUCGUAAAGGAACCUGCGACCCUGCUUGAGUACUCAAUGAAUGCAGUAACAGAAGGGAUCGAUGCCAUCGCAACCACACGAGUUCUUAUCCGUGGAAGCAACAAGUACUCAUCUACAAAUGCAAUAACUGGUGAAGAGGUUCAAAGGACCUUUAGUGGAACUGGAGCAGGAAUGGAUAUUGUGGUGUCAAGCGUCAAAGCUUAUGUAGGAGCCUUGAACAAAAUGAUGGACUUCAAAGAAAACUCCCCCACAAAAAUCCCUUCCCAAAAAAACAGAGUCCCUGCCUGAAUUAAAAAUCUUUCCGGCAAAAACCAAAGUCAGGCAAAAGUUAGGUUCUUUUCUUUUCAAGUACAUAGUUUGGUAAUAACUGCAGUUUCAGAGUUUGCUUCUUGUUUAUCAAUGUUGCAUGUCAAAAGAGUUUGGUCUUUGGUGUACUAUAUAUAUCUUUAGUCAACUUAAAUCUCUAAUUUUAGAAAUAAUGGUUUUAGAAUAAGGAAUAAAA